AUAAAAUGAAUAAAUUAUUUUCGUUUUAUCCCAUUUUUAAUAGAACAAUGUGUAUGGCUGCAAAAUCUACUAAAACACCUUUAGCUGUUUAUGGAAUAGAAGGACGCUACGUGAGUGCUCUAUAUAGUGCAGCUUUACAAAUGAAGCAAAUAGAACAAGUUGAAAAACAUCUGCUAGCGUUACAAAAGGAACUUCUAAAGCCCAAGGUUGUGGACUUUGUAGAGACCAGUAUGAUCUCAUCAGCUGAUAAGGCUAAAUUGAUGAAAGAAGUUGGCGAACAAGUUGGUAUGCCCCCAGCAGCUAUCAAUUUUCUCGCACUCGUAGCUGAGAACGGUAGAUUGAAAAUGCUCAGAAAAAUGAUAACUAUGUUUUCUGCGGUCAUGGUCGCUCAUCGCAACGAGGCUCGGUGUGAGGUUAUCACAGCUAAACCACUGGACGACUCUACUAGAAAAACGCUCAUGGAAGCUCUCAAAAAAUUAACAAAAGGAGGAAAAAAUGUUCAACUAACUGAAAAAAUUGAUUCCUCAAUCAUAGGAGGUAUGAUUGUCGGUAUUGAAGAUAAACAUAUCGACAUGAGCAUUGCAAGGAAAGUACAAAUGUAUACAGACAUUUUAAAGCAAGCUGUUUGAGUGUUUUCAAUUCUUACAUAUAUGAGGAAUGUUGAUUGUUUAAAUAAAAAUCCAUAAUAUUUUUUAAUAAUUUAUUAUAUAACUAUUAAUUAUCUUACAAA